AUGAACUCCCACUCGGCCUUCUUUUAUGGGACUUUGAUGGCCCGCCAGGUCCUCUACCGUGUCUGCUAUGGCAAAUCCAAUAUUGCGGACGAUCCAAUCGCAUCUUUACGUGCUGCGAACCUGACCAUCCAGCCGGCGAUCCUCUACGACCACUGCCGACACAAGGUCAGUGGUGCUGAUUAUCCGGGAAUGAUCCCGCAGAAGGGGGAAUCUGUGCGGGGAACGUAUGUAACGGGUCUCACGGAUGCCGACCUCUAUAGGUUGGAUCUCUUCGAAGGCAGCGAAUACCGCCGGGAUAAGGUCAAGGUGGUCCUUUUGGGAGAUGGAAAGGAUAAUGUCGCCGCGGAUGCAGAGAAAGUGGACACUGAGACCUAUAUCUACAUUGCAGGCGAUGAACGUCUCGAGAAAGGAGAAUGGGAUUUCGAUAGUUUUGUGCGGGACAAGAUGCCGGGUCGAUGGGCAUCUGAUUCCAGCGAGGAAUACAAUGGGCUGGAUGACGGUCCUGACACGACUGGAGGACGAGGCAUCAAUACAGACAUGUCAAACAGACUCCAGCAUGACGCUGAGCAUACGGAGACAGAAAAAGACUCUUGA